UGCGGGUGCUGCAGUUGUGCUCGGGGCCACGGCCCCUGGCCAGGGGGUCCCUGGGGCCGAGGUCGGGGCCAUGUCGACAUUGGCCCCCCUGCGCCUGCUGCGUGAGCCCUGGAACGCCAGCGAGGGCAACCAGAGCAACGCCACAGCUGGGGCUGGCGGUGCCUGGUGCCAGGGGUUGGACAUCCCCAAUGAGCUCUUCCUGACGCUGGGGCUGGUGAGCCUGGUGGAGAACCUGCUGGUGGUGGCCGCCAUCCUCAAGAACAGGAACCUGCACUCGCCCAUGUACUACUUCAUCUGCUGCCUGGCCGUCUCCGACAUGCUGGUGAGCGUCAGCAACCUGGCCGAGACGCUCUUCAUGCUGCUGAUGGAGCACGGCGUGCUGGUGAUCCGCGCCAGCAUCGUCCGCCACAUGGACAACGUCAUCGACAUGCUCAUCUGCAGCUCCGUCGUGUCCUCCCUCUCCUUCCUGGGGGUCAUCGCCGUGGACCGCUACAUCACCAUCUUCUAUGCACUGCGCUACCAUAGCAUCAUGACGCUGCAGCGCGCCGUGGUCACCAUGGCCAGCGUCUGGCUGGCCAGCACCGUCUCCAGCACCGUCUUCAUCACCUACUACCGCAACAACGCCAUCCUGCUCUGCCUCAUCGGCUUCUUCCUCUUCAUGCUGGUCCUCAUGCUGGUGCUCUACAUCCACAUGUUCGCGCUGGCACGCCACCACGUGCGCAGCAUCUCCAGCCAGCAGAAGCAGCCCACCAUCUACCGCACCAGCAGCCUGAAGGGAGCCGUCACACUCACCAUCCUGCUGGGCGUCUUCUUCAUCUGCUGGGGGCCCUUCUUCUUCCACCUCAUCCUCAUCGUCACCUGCCCCACCAACCCUUUCUGCACCUGCUUCUUCAGCUACUUCAACCUCUUCCUCAUCCUCAUCAUCUGCAAUUCAGUGGUCGAUCCCCUGAUCUACGCUUUCCGGAGCCAGGAGCUCCGGCGGACGCUGCGGGAGGUGGUGCUGUGCUCCUGGGCACUGAACCCAAUGGGAACUCUUUUGUUUAGAGGAGGAGAGGACAGAGUGAAAGAACCCAGCCUCAGGCAUCCCUGUGUUUUCGGGCACAGAUGUGCACGGGGGGGUUGGGUGGUGGCUGUUCACUCUGGCACGCCAUGCGGUCUCUCUGCAGCUCACAAGUACGUGCCUCGCGCCAUCCUGGUGGAUCUGGAGCCGGGCACGAUGGACAGCGUGCGCUCGGGCGCCUUCGGGCACCUCUUCCGCCCCGACAACUUCAUUUUCGGUCAGAGCGGGGCCGGCAACAACUGGGCCAAGGGGCACUACACGGAGGGGGCCGAGCUGGUGGACUCGGUGCUGGACGUGGUGCGGAAGGAGUGCGAGAACUGCGACUGCCUGCAGGGCUUCCAGCUGACCCACUCGCUGGGUGGGGGCACGGGCUCGGGCAUGGGCACGCUGCUGAUCAGCAAGGUGCGUGAGGAGUACCCCGACCGCAUCAUGAACACUUUCAGCGUGGUGCCGUCCCCCAAGGUGUCGGACACGGUGGUGGAGCCCUACAACGCCACGCUCUCCAUCCAUCAACUGGUAGAGAACACGGAUGAGACCUACUGCAUCGACAACGAGGCCCUGUACGACAUCUGCUUCCGCACACUCAAGUUGGCCACCCCUACCUAUGGAGACCUCAACCACCUCGUCUCAGCCACCAUGAGCGGCGUCACCACCUCGCUGCGCUUCCCCGGGCAGCUCAAUGCCGACCUGCGCAAGCUGGCUGUCAACAUGGUGCCCUUCCCGCGCCUGCACUUCUUCAUGCCCGGCUUCGCCCCGCUGACGGCACGUGGCAGCCAGCAGUACCGUGCCCUCACCGUCCCCGAGCUCACCCAGCAGAUGUUUGAUGCCAAGAACAUGAUGGCAGCCUGUGACCCACGCCAUGGCCGCUACCUCACCGUGGCCACCGUCUUCCGCGGCCGCAUGUCCAUGAAGGAGGUGGACGAGCAGAUGCUGGCCAUCCAGAGCAAGAACAGUUCCUACUUCGUGGAGUGGAUCCCCAACAAUGUCAAAGUGGCGGUGUGCGACAUCCCGCCCCGCGGCCUCAAGAUGUCCUCCACCUUCAUCGGCAACAGCACGGCCAUCCAGGAGCUCUUCAAGCGCAUCUCGGAGCAGUUCACCGCCAUGUUCCGCCGCAAGGCCUUCCUGCACUGGUACACGGGCGAGGGCAUGGACGAGAUGGAGUUCACCGAGGCAGAGAGCAACAUGAACGACCUGGUGUCGGAGUACCAGCAGUACCAGGACGCCACGGCCGAGGAGGAGGGCGAGAUGUACGAGGACGACGAGGAGGAGUCGGAGGCGCAGGGCGCCAAGUGACGGCCCCGCACUCGCUGCUUCGGGGGGGGCCCGGCCUCGCCCCUCAGUGUCUGCUCCCCUCAGCCCCACAUUAGCUCGACCCCUCCUGUGCCCCCUCCCCCUGGCCUCUCCCCUUCCCCCCUUUUUUUGUUUUUUACUGUUUGUGUCUCAUAUUUUUUUUGAAUACUCAAUAAAUUUAUGGCUGUCCGGUUACUCCUGGCUCUGGUUGCUGGCAUGGGGGGGCGUGGGGGGGCUUGUACUGGGGGAGCGGGGGCAGACUGAAGGGGGCAGCAGGAGGGGGGUGGGGCAUGAUAUCCACUUUUAACCCAUGGUGGAAGGGAAAUGGGGGACCACGAGAGCCCAUGGGGCCAUGCCCAAGCCCUGCUCACAUGAUGCUGAGUGCCACCCCACGCACUGCUGCAAAGCCCCCCAGGCUGUGCUGUGCCCCCACCCGGCUGGGCUCCGUUCCCGUCUCCUGCCCCUAGCACAGGCCCGGGGGUGUUCCCCAGACCGCGGCAGGGCCGUGUCAGGCUCUGAGACAGCCGGGGGCACCCCCCAACGCACACAGACCUUGAGCAAUAUGGGGCCCCCGCUCUUUUUACGGGAGCUUCCCUGCUCCUUCUUUG